AUGCCUGCUGCCAAUGUAGCCGUCGCUCCUGCGACAUCAGUCGCAUCCACACCAACCAAUAGGAAAUCCUCAGUUGCUACCGGAUCACAGCCUGAGAGGAAGUACAAGUGCCAGUUCUGCGCCAGGGCUUUCAGUCGAAGUGAGCACAGGAGCCGCCACGAGCGAUCACACACCAAGGAGCGCCCUUUUAAAUGUAUGAAGUGUCGCAGUACAUUUGUGCGCCGUGAUCUGCUUUUGCGUCAUGACCGGACUGUUCAUGCAAAGGAUGGAGGUGUCCCUCUUCACAGCGACGGGAAGCGACGUGCCGGCCCCAAGGCUCCUCGUGCCGUCAGUGGCCCUUCAAAGUCAUCCAUUGCGCUAGACAAUGCCACACUCGAACAGUUGGAAGCCAGUAGCGAAGGCAAUUUCGACGUCGAGACGGCUGCCAUGUUGAUUACCGAUCUUCAGCAUAAGACUGCCAUGCGACACAGUGGCCUGCCGUUCGAUGCAGCUCCGGGAAUGUCAGGAAUGGCAUAUGCGCAGAAUGAUUCGCCAAUGAUGGAUGCAUCAGCCAGCUUUUCAUCACAGCCGAUGCCUGACGCACUACCUCGAGGAGAUGUUCCUUGGGACGCCUUCUUGACGGAACCUAACCCCAAGGCCCAUUCUGUGAUUUCUUCUGGUUCCUUUAGCGAUCAACAGUCUCUUGCUUCUGUGAGUAUUCCAAACAUCCAGCCGCUCGCAAUGGGCCAGAGCCUGGAACUCAUUACUGACAUCUAUAAGGCCGCCAAUUCUAAGGCUCCUCAAGUACUGAACGACGAUGAGCGGAACAUGAUCUUGGACAACAUUCGAAUUCAUGACAGUGAACGGGCAAUUCCAGACGGUUUCCGAGUUCCUAACCUGGCUUCUUUGAAUCGCUACCUGUCGACGUACUUCAACCUGUUUCAUCAUCAUCUGCCGUUCUUGCACCCUGCAUCCUUCAAGCCCACCGAAGUCUCGCCAGCACUCCUUCUCGCUGUUUUGUCUAUCGGUGCACUCUAUGCCUUUGAUCAGGAUCAAGCCUACCUAAUGCACAUUGGAUCCAAGGUUCUGGUCAACCAGUUCCUGCAGAACAAGGAAAACUUCAGCUCCCGGAAAUGCCCCUUGUGGACCAUGCAGAGCUCUUUGCUGAAUAUGAUCUUCGCGAGCUGGAGUGGCGACGCGAAGGGCUUGGAGUGGGCUUGCUCAAUCAAGAGUCUCCUUGCCAACAUGGUUGCCGGCAACAGUUACGAGCUCAAGCUCCGAACAGAUUCUCGCGGUGGAGUGCAACCUACUCGUGCUGAGUGGGUCGAAGAUGAAGGCUGCCGUCGUACCUACUAUGCAGUCUACAUCUUCUUUGGCUUACUCACAAUGACGUACAACCAUACACCAGCCAUCAGCUUCAACGAGUUUGAGGAGCUACAACUCCCAUCAUCAGAGGGACUCUGGAACUCCAAAGUUACAGACGAGGAAGCAUGGCAAGAACAGCUGAAGGCUUCACCGAGUGUGACAUUCAUGGAAGCACAUGACAACCUUUUCCAAGGUGAGGCAUUGAAAUACAGUGCUUUUGCUACGCGUGUCAUGAUCAACGCUCUGUUUCUGGAGGUGUGGUACCACAAGCGCAGUCCCGAGGCUUUGCAGGAUGUCGUGACUGAGUACAAGCUCAGACUCGCUCUGGAGACCUGGGAGAAAUCCUUAGAUCUCUGUGAACCUGAAGCCGACACGGUACCGCUGAGUGCGCCAUACAAGGGCCAUCCCCUUAUCUUCAACGCCAGAGCCAUGUUUCGCAAUGCACGUGCACGUCUUGAGGUUGAUCUCAAGACGGUGCAGGAAGCUCUGCGUUACCACGAUCCUUACGAAGUAGCCGCGACCAUGUCGGCCGCCCGUGACCGCGUUCGACGGUCUGGCGAGAUGCUCAAGGUCAUUGAAGAGUGUUAUAACUGCAUCGAGACCGCUAUUCGCCAGGGAGUGCGCUGGGUCGCUCGCACCUCUCCAACCAACUGGAGUGUCGAGCACCCUCUUUGUGGCAUGGAUUUGAUGAUCAUCCUUACUUUGUGGCUCUACCGUCUGGAACAUGACGAGGAGCCUGCAUCUGAGGAGGAAGGAGCCAUGUACAUGAAGAUUCGCGCUUUGUUCGAGAACGACUCGGAGAAUCCUCUUACGUCUCAGCUGAGCUCUGUUGUCGCAAAUUUGUGGGGAGCAAUCCUCUCCGAGGUGGUCGUCUGGGGCAUCACCCGACUCAUGGGCGAGUCCUUCCACCUUCAUGCUCAAGCCCUCAUCGGUUAUGUGGACGAUGUUGAGGUGUCUUCCAAUGUGUCGACACCGUCAAUGAUCUCCCAGGGAGCUGACGAGGAUAGCGUGUACUAA